ACUUGACUUUCUAUAUGGAAACUCUACUUUUGACAUGUGACGUUUUCCUUUGACAGUAUUGUUUGUGUUAUCUCCUCUCCAAAAUCAAUGAAAGCACCCCCUUUUCGAGUAUGGAUCGGCGUGAUGAUCUUCUUCACCACAUUUACCAACUACAUGCUCCGAUCCAACAUUUCGGUGAGCGUCGUGGCAAUGGUCGGCACUCGUAAAUCGGGUUUCGUCCCUCCUUGUAAACGAGACCAAAUGAAGAAUACAACCGAAAACAAAACCUCGGCGGGAGGAAAAGAACGCACCUUUGACUGGAACGAAGACCGCAUAGGGUGGAUCCUCACGGGUUACUUCUGGGGCUACAUGGUAACUCUAGUUCCUGCAGGCUUACUGUCCGAGUUGAUAGGACCGUGGCACGUCAUCCUGUGGAGCAGUCUAGCCUCUGGUGUCCUCACCGGCCUCACCCCUCUAUUCGCAGAAGGGGGCUACAUCGGCGUGGUCAUAAGUCGUGUCUUCAUAGGCAUGCUGGGAGGUCUGGCUUAUCCGGCUGCCCACGUUUUGAUCGCAAAAUGGGCACCCCCCCACGAAAAAGGUAAAUUUGUGGCAGCCAUGUUAGGCAACACUAUCGGAACGAUGGUGACCUUCAAUCUGGUGGGCUGGGUGAGCGAUGCGUGGGGAUGGCAAUGGGGUUUCUACGUUCUGGUCAUCCUCAUGGCCGCUUUCUGUCUGGGCUUCUUCUUCGUUGUAGCAGAUACUCCGGAGAAGUCCAGAUGCACGUCGCAGGAAGAACGUGACUACAUUCAGGAGUCGCAUCAUGGCAGCGUGUCGAAGAAAAAGGCAGUAGCCCCGUACUUGAAAAUACUGACGUCGAUACCCUUCUGGGCUGUUUGUGCCGCUCAGUUCGGAAACCUGUGGGGUUUGAACCUCAUCCUCACCUACACUCCGAAGUACCUCUCCGAAACGAUAGGUUUCAACUUGAAGGAGUCUGCCGGAUUAGCUUCCCUUCCCUAUCUCGCUAGAAUGACCGCCAGCGGGAUGUUCGGUAUCCUGGGGGACUGGAUGCUGAAAAAAGAAAUCAUGUCGGUGACUCGCCUAAGAAAGUUCUUCAUAAUUUUCUCCCACUUUAUUCCCGCCGCUUGUCUGUUCAUGAUUCGCGUCGCUGGGUGUAACCAAGUCGGGGUCGUCGCUCUUCUCAUUCUGUGCCAGUUCUUCAAUGGCGCUGUUGUGGUCAGUCACUUUAUAAACCCGCAAGAUUUGGCACCCAACUUCGCGGGGUCGGUUUUUGGAGUGAUGAACUUCAUCGGUAUGACAACCGGUAUUUUCGUGCCAAAAAUCACAGGGGCUAUAACUACGCAUUAUAAUAAGAAUCUUGCGGGAGCUACUAUUAUUUACACAAUUGGGGGGAGCGUCUACUUCUGCGGCGGGCUCCUUUUCAUCAUUUUUGGAACGGCUAAAACUCAGCCUUGGAAUGAAAUAAAAGAAACGGAGCCAGAGCCAAAUCAAGGGAACAAAUAAAAUGCGUUUUUAUUAAA